AUGGGCACAGUCCCUGACACGCUUCCACCUCGUUCGAAGCAUCUGAUCAAGCCUGGUGACGGCAUCAGCUCAGAGAAGAUCUGCAAUGAAUUGGGAACAUCAAAUAUUGCCUCCAAAUCUGUUGCUCUACCAUCGCCUGAAUCUCAGGAUGAGUUCGACCUCUGCGACCCCGAGCGUAAUUCUGCUGUCGUUGUUCCACAAAGAGCGCGCACCUGCCCGCCUCUCCUGGACGCGAUCCUCUCCGCAUCCGCCCGACACUUCAGCACCCUUCCCCAACAGCGUCAACUCGAAAUCACGCGCUACUAUGGCUUGAAGGACGGGCUUGCGAUUGGCGAGGAAUCCAUGCUCGCCUACCACAGUCGCUCUAUCGCCGGCCUACGCGCUGCAAGCCUCGAGCCCAAUGCGACCAUGGACGAGAACCUGCUUGCGGCGGUGCAUCAUGUCUGGGCCAACCGUCUGCUCAUUCUUGGGGCGCAUGUCAUCCAAUACUGUUUCCCGCCUGUACCUACUCCCCGAGCAUCUUUCCAGCAGAGAUGCGCCCUAUAUGAGCACCUCCUUCACCUCCGCCAAAGCUGGAUGACCAGCGCCCCUCUCGCCUUCACUCCUUUUCUGUCUCCAUCCGCACCCCUCUCCGAAUGUUUUAUUUUCUUCCCACAGCAACGGUUCCUCAACGACACCCACAUUGUGGCCCGCAAUCGCUUGGGCUUAUCGACCUGCUCCUCGCCAUACAGGACCCUUCACGUCGACCGACUCCGCUCCCACGUAUCGCACCGGCGGGCUGUCACCGUGCUGAACGAGAAGAUCCGCACCACAGUGCGAGAAAUCUGUGGGGUUGCGGUAGCCAACCGACAGAGUCCCACAGCGGCGCUGACAGCGAGUCUGGCGGUGGUGCGGGGGGCCGAGGCGUUCUGCGAGGCGUCACGAGCGGAGCAGGAGGCGCUGCCUGGAUUGGGCCGACUUAAGACCUGAUUUGGAAGUAUAGGCACUUCAGCAAGAUGUCGAGCUGUGCGACACUUGCAUAUGACUGGACAUGCCAAGAUCCUGGGUCCGGCUCAAUUGGAGGGCAUCAAUAGCUAUAAAACAAACGGUGGGAAAGACAGGGAGAAGUAGGUUGGUAUAAUCUAGGAAAUCAUAUAAAGAAAUUGAAGAACGCCAGUCGCAUGACACCGCUGGAAACAUGAGACAAAUAUCACCAUCAGCAGAAGUGGGAAUCUAAAGACCCUUAACGGAAAAGAAAAAAAAAAAAAAAAAA